UGGAUGUGGGUGUGGGUAUACGUGGGCGUGGGUGUGGGCAUGGAUGGGUUUGAGUGCGAGUGUGGAUGUGAGUGUGGGUCAAAUGAAGAGAGACAAACACACACAGCCACCUAGAUCCACCUCACACCCAACACCCAGCCACCCACACUCAUCCCACAUCCUGCUUAUUUAAUUCAAUCUUGUCAUUCCGACAUCCUUGGCGAAAAUUUAGACUAAUUUUUUCGUCAGAAGUUCGCAACAGACAUCCAUUACGGGAGUCCAAGAUGACGAGGUGGUACAAAGCGUCAUUUCCUCUAGCGAGCAGACAAACAAACAGACAUUCUUCUUUAUAUAUGUACACAGAUAAAACGAACAAAGCUAGAAUAUCAUUUAACAUAGAUAUAAAGAACAAUUCAUAUAGAAAUUCUGAUAAAUUUUUUUAAAAUCCAGCGCCAUGUCUUUUUAAUAUUAAAUAAAAUAGAAUAUUAAAGCAGCAUAAAGCUAAUUAAGUAGUUACACGUAGUUAAGCUGAAUUUAUUCCAAUAUGUCAUUUUAUUAUUUAUUUUAGUAAGACCAAUAUAUAAUUCCGACAUAAAAGAAUAAAAAUGAGUAUCAAAUGAUUUUUUAUAAUUGCGACAAAGCACGUCACAUCGAGAAAAAAAAAGAAAAAAGUCAUACAUCUAAUACUAAACGCUAUCAAUGCAGCCAGACAAUUGUCAAUAUUUAUUAGGAGAGCUCUACGGUAAAUCUCUCAUUUAACUAUUUUAUUAUUAUCAUUAUCAUAUAAUCCCAGAUUUGAAUAAUGUGCAAGUUUUUAUAUAUAAUAUUUUUUCUAUGGGUAUCUAACCGUUCACAAUCAAUCUUUUAUGAUACCGAUGAAUAUGGAUUUGAUUGUUUGCAUUAUUUUUCAACUGAGUCAGAAUUUUCUGAAAUAGUCAAAUAUUGUAUUCGUCCCAAAAAUGACACGAACUCGAUAGUGGCUGAAAUUUUCAAUAUAUCUGAUGAUUAUUUAAGUUUCGAUGAAUUAUACCGUUUGAAUAUAACAUCACAUGAAAUUCUCAUGUGGUCAUCAUCAAUUGAUUUGGCUGAACGCUAUCAACAUUAUCUUGAUCGAGCAACUCAAUCUAAUCUAUCAAAUGAAAAAUUCUUUAAUUGUACACAGCCAUGGUUUGGAUCACGAUGUCAAUAUUCAUUCGAAUUUAAUAAAGAUAGAUUAGUGCAAAAUUCUUUUGAAAUAGCUUUAACCGAUGAUAUAUUUCACCGAACGUGUUACAUUCUUUUGGAAUGUGAUCGUGGAGGAUCAUCAAUGUGUCUUGAUUGGCGUGAGAUAUGCGAUGGUCGAAUUGAUUGUGUUAAUGAUGGUAUUGAUGAAAUUCAAUGUUUUAAUUUAGAAAUUAAUGAAUGCUAUGAAAAUGAAUAUCGAUGCCAUAAUGGAUUAUGUAUUCCAAAAAUGUUUUUGGAAAUGGGUCUUCCUGAAGCACAAUGUCUUGAUAGGUCAGAUUAUUUAGUUAAAAAGUCUUUGUGUCAAAGAUUUUAUUUCAGUUUGAAUCUGUUUGAAUGUCAAGAAUUUAUAUGUCGACCUAAUGAAGGUAAAUUUUCUUGUGGUGAUGGAGAAUGUGUAGAAGAUUUUGGUCAGUGUAAAAAUAAUCGCCAUCUUUCAUUAGCUGAAUCGAUUAGUGCUAGAGGAAAUUUAUCCUACAAAUGUUGGAUAAGUUUAGUUUGUCUUACCAAAAUUAUUGAUAAAAUUGAGAAUAUAUCAUGUGAUCAGUUCAGUCAAUCUUCUGAGAUCAUAGACCAAUUAAAAAGUUGCAAGUUUCCUCUUCAAUUUCCGGUUAUUCCUGUACUCUAUGGUCAUGUAAAAUUUUUAUAUCAUCCAAAAGAGAUUGACAAUAUUAAUGUUACAUUAUCUCUUAAACCUGAUUAUAUAUGUUAUGAUGAACAAUUGUGCGAUUUUCUCACGCCUACAUUUCGCCAUAGAACUUUGACUUGUCGGUCUGGUGAUCAAAUGAAUCUUACGAUGAAUGCAGAAUUGACUACUUGGAAAUCAAUUAUCGAUUCAAUUAAACCAUAUUUUGAUGGUUGUAUAACUCAACAUUAUCCUAUCAUUGAUUCUCAUCAUUCAUCAUUAUAUCAUUGUAAAAAUUCGUCGAAAUAUAUUUCUAUAUAUCGAAUUAUUGACAAUAUAUCAGAUUGUUUCUUAAAAGAUGAUGAACAAGCAGUAUCUGAAUUAAGUUGUUCAUUAAACCAAACCUCUCAAUUUCAAUGUCCAAACGAGAAACAGUGUCGGUUACGUUUUUUCCCAACAAGUUUCUGCUCUUUUCCAAUACAGAUAAACUAUGAUGAUAUUCCAUUUUAUAAAAUAUGUGAUCGAAUCAUGGAUUUACCCAUGGUGCUGAUUGAUGGACGACAUCAUUCUGAUGAAACUGAUUGUGAACAUUGGCAAUGCAAUAAUACCUACACACGAUGUGAUGGUUUUCGAAAUUGUCUUAAUGGUGAAGAUGAAAGAAAUUGUAAAAAUGCAAUUAAUUCAGAGCAUUUUCUGUUCUGUAUUUCGCCACAAAAUUACACAUGCAUGUGUUUACCAGCCGAUCAAGUCACUAAUGGAAUCGUCAAUUGUUUUGGAGCAUCAUUCGAUAAAUUUCAAAAUCUCCAAGUGAACAAUAUUACUUUUCAAACAUACAGAUUUCGUUGUUGGAAUGACACAAAAUGUAGAGAACAGGAAAAUCUUUGCAAUGAAAACGAAGAUUGUCCAAUGUAUGAUAACGAACUAUUUUGUGAUAAUAAUCCACAAUUAUGUAAUGACUCUGAUUUUGACAAUCUUAUCAAUAUGCAGUACAUUUCAUGUCAGGUCGUUAAUACACGUGAUAUAUCUUUUUCAUUAGAAACUGCAUUAAUCUAUCCACCAAUAUAUACGAUUCCGAAUAAUCCUACUGAGAAUCCGACUAAUGAUAAAAUGAUAGAAUUGCCAUUAGUCAAGAGUUUUUCACAGCUUGAAAUCUGUAAUUCUGGUUUAUACGUUUACCAUCGACUUGGAGUCAAUAAUUACAGUAGUAUAUGUUUUUGUCCACCGAAUUAUUAUGGUGAUCGAUGUCAAUAUCAAAAUCAACGUGUCAGUCUUACCUUAACAUUGGCAACUGUUAGACAGCCAAUUAUCUAUGCUAUUGUUGUUAUGUUAAUAGAAGAUGACAACGAUCGACAAGAAAUUCAUUCGUAUCAUCAAUU